AUGAGUGGCCAAAAUUAUCACCGCAUUGGAUCUCUGUUGCCAGAGAAUGGGCGAAAACCACAAUUUGCACAACUUUAUAUAUAUGAUACURACAAUGAGAUUGGUAACAKAAUCAAUACAUUUCAGGACAGCGGUCGAGCAUCUAUGUUGGACCAUGAAAUUGUGCACGGCUUAUCUCAAAUGUUGGAUUCUCAUAACAUUCUUGUAAAAAGUUUCYGUAUGGCGAGARAUAGAUUCAAAUCAUCUCYACACUCUUCAUUUCGAUUGUGCCUCAAGGGAAACAGAACAACAGAUGGUCGUCAAUAUAAUAUACCGACUGCUUCAGAAGUUGCAGGUUUAAUAGUCGGGGAUUUUACARAGUCGAAUUGCCAUCGUGAUAUAAUUGUUGAGCAUCAAACUACAGGUCUUCAAAGAAUCACAUAUUUGCAUCCAAGUUUCAUGUCAAUGACAUACCCAUUGAUACACCCAUAUGGUGAAGAUGGUUAUAGAACUGACCUUUCUAUAAGAAACUUGUCAAACAGUGAAUCAAAAAGACAAAAAUUGACGAUGAGACAAUAUUAUUGUUUUCGUCUUCAACAAAGAUUACAYGAAGGAAAAAGUCUUCUUCAAGGAGGUAGAUUGCUUCAACAAUAUAUCGUUGAUUCUUACAUGGCAAUUGAAGAGGAACGUUUUCGAUGGAUAAGAAAUAACAAGACAAAACUCAGAGCUGAUCUUUAUUCUGGAUUAAUGAAUGUUGUUCACCGUGGUGAUUCAGAUUGUUCAACGGUGGGGAAUUCAAUUAUCUUACCAUCGUCACCCACCGGAGGACCACGCUAUAAAGCACAAAACUAUCAAGACGCAAUGGCAAUUUGCAAAUGGGCUGGGUAUCCAGAUUUGUUUCUAACUUUCACAUGCAAUCCUAAAUGGCCUGAAAUCAAAGACAUGCUUCAGAAAAUUGGCCAAAAAGAUCAUGAAAAUCGUGCAGAUAUUGUGUGUCGCGUGUUUGAGAUCAAACUCUUCCAACUAAUGGAAGACCUGAAGACUGAACAACCAUUUGGACAAAUAAUCGUAUGUUUGUACACAAUUGAAUUUCAAAAAAGAGGAUUGUCGCAUGCACAUAUCUUGCUCUUCUUACAUCAGACGAUAAAAAAUUCUUCAGGUGACCAUAUCGACAAUAUAAUAACAGCCGAGAUUCCUGAUCCACAUGUUGAUUUUAAUGGCUACAAUGCAGUCAAGAAAUUUAUGAUGCAUGGGCCAUGUGGAAGUUCAAAUCCUAAAUGUCCAUUGGUCCCAUACAACAUAAACUUGUUGGUUAAAUUUGAUGCACAUAUUAAUGUGGAGCUCUGUAAUUUCUCCAGAGCUAUAAAGUAUCUAUUCAAAUAUCUUCAUAAAGGAUCCGAUAAAGUUAUUGCAACAAUUGAAUCCUCGGACAAAGGUGAAGGGAACGAUGAGAUCAAAACUUAUUUGGACUACAGGUAUAUAUCAACUGCUGAGGCUUGUUGGAGGAUCUUUCAGUUUGACAUACAUUACAGACACCCAUCAGUUGAAAGAUUGCCAUUUCAUUUGCUUGACAAUCAUACCGUCGUUUUUCGUGAAAACAAUCGUGUUGAAAACGUUCUAUCUAUGCCUGGCAUGGAGAAGACAAAGUUUACAGAAUGGUUGGAAGCAAAUAAGAAGUAUGUGGAGGCACGACAAUUAAGUUAUUCAGAUUUUCCCACACAAUGGGUAUGGAAUUGA